AAACCUUGUGUAAUUGAACUGAGUCACGAUUUAAGGCCAAAAUUUCCCCCAAUGUCCUAGAACUAGGUAAUGACCUUGCUGUAAAUUACUGUUAACUGACACAUUCCCUACUUAUUUGAUCCCACGUAAGAGGUUUAUGGAUGAGAGAUUAGUUUUGCGCAUGCGCAGAAACGUAAUUUUUCUGUCGCUUCCGACGCGUACAAAGAGGUUUGUUGUCUUUAAAGGGUUUACAGCUCACUUGUUAGUAAAGAAACGCUUUUUAAAAUUAUUUUUUAUUUACAAAUUCAGGUCCAAAACAUGAGCACACUAUGGAUGGGAAACUUGGAGCCCUACAUGGACGAGAAGUUCAUAACCCGAGCCUUCGGCACCAUGGGGGAGUUGGUGGUGAGUGUACGGAUUAUACGCAACAAGAUGACUGGGGGUGCAGCAGGCUACUGCUUCGUGGAGCUGACGGAUGAAGCCACAGCUGAGCGGUGUCUUCGUAAAGUCAAUGGAAAAGCACUGCCAGGAGCCACACCGCCUCGAAGAUUCAAGUUAAACCGGGCCACUUUUGGGAAGCAAGGAGAAAGCGGUCCACUCUAUUCCCUGUUUGUUGGGGAUCUCACACCUGAAGUGGAUGACGGGAUGCUCUACGAGUUCUUUUACAACCGCUACCCUUCCUGUCGUGGGGGAAAGGUGGUGCUGGAUGGCACGGGGAACUCCAAGGGUUGUGGGUUUGUCCAGUUCCCAGACCAGAGGCUUCAGAAGCUGGCGCUGGAGGAGUGUCAGGGAGCGGUGGGGCUCGGGAGCAAGCCACUACGACUGAGCCAAGCUGCUAACAAAACUCGGCAUAAUCAAUCAGACAACAGGGGAUGGGGGUCCCACGGAGGAGGCUACAGACACAACCACAACCAAUACAAUCAGCACAAUCAACAGCCGUACGGUAGUGGAUGGGGCUCUUGGGGCUACGACCAGAAUGGGGGCAACUAUGGCGGCUACAACUACAACCAGUAUGAUUACACACAGAAUCCUGCACAGGAAAAUGAAGCUUUUGAAGAUGAUGGUCUGGAAGAUCCUAACCCAGAGCUGGAUGUGGUGGAAGCCAACAGGAAGUUUAUGGAACACAGUGAGGAACUGUAUGAUGCCCUUAUCCAGUGCCACUGGCAACCCUUGGAAUCCUCGGAACAAACCUUUGGAACCACGAGUACCCUUCUAGAACCUGUCUACUGUUGAGGCAAUAUCCUCUUGCUAUGUUAUUUGGCCUCUCAUAUUAUUUUCUGUAGGCUAAAGACAUCCCCAGUCCUUGACAAUAACUGCCAUUUGCUUACAAACGUUGUUUGUUAAUCAACAAAAAAUGAUUUAUUUUGUGCAUCUAUUGACAUCACUUUUUUUUAACAACAAAGAAACUGGACACGUGGCUCAUCAUGUACCUAAGAAUAGCUUCCCAUUUUCAUGUCUUAUGCUUUGCUAAACCGCAACGAUGAUGUCUGUAUCCUAAAUGGCCCUCUAUUCACUUAAGUGCAGAAUAGCUUUUUUUCAGGGCCCGAAGGUCACUGGUCAAAAGUAGUGCACUGGUAUAGGGAAUUUGAGGGCCAUUUCAGUGUUUUAAUUUUUUUUUAAAUGAAUGUCGUUUCUCUUCUCAAUUGAGGAGUAAGUGAUUAAGUAAUCUGCAGUGUUACACUGCCUUCUGUCUGUUUCCAUGUUGUUUGUAAAGUAAGAAUAAACAUGUAUCAUGUUGCCAGGUAGAAAUGUCCUAUAGAAUGUCCCAACCAAAAUGACAGUUGUUUCCAGUCACAUAGAGUUUAGCAAACAUACAAUGUUGUGGAACGGCUGCAGAUAGAAAUGACAUGUCUCAGAGCUGAGGUGAUUUCCUUCUACAUGUCACAGAGCUGACUGAGGUGAUUUCCUUCUACAUGUCACAGAGCUGACUGAGGUGAUUUCCUUCUGCAUGUCACAGAGCUGACUGAGGUGAUUGUUCUAUAUUUUGUUUCUAUCUCAACGUUCCAAAAACAUUGUACACUGCUUAAUGUGCCCCGGCCUCUAUUGAGUGAGAGGGCUCCGCAUGGCCGGUUCAAUCAACAGAACACCACAUGACAGUCGCAAGGUUUCCCGGUGACUGAAGGGGGAGGCAUGGGCUGCCAUAGCCAGAGGGACCUCCAUUGAAUGAAUCCCAUGGUGGAUAGGAUUUGAGAUUAUUUUGCAUGACUAGGUAUACUCUGAGUGUGUGUUUUUUUUUAUUUUUAGUUUGAAUUCCUUUUUGUAAUCAUCUUCUGCAGUUGUGAGACUUCUUCCUCCUUUUAUUUGACUUAUCUAUGUACAUAUUGUUUUUUAUCAAAAUGACGAUACCUUUUUAAAGCCCUUUUUAUGAACUGAUUUGAUUGACUAUCCACUUCAUUACCAUACGCUUUACUCACAACCAAGGCCUGUAUGCAAUGACAGAUGACAGUUUUGGACAAUGAUGUAUAUAAUACAGUGUUCAUGUGCUAGUCAGAACUAGGAAAUAUCUACCUUGGUAACUGGGUGGAUGUGUAGAACUACAACCAGAUAGCAAGUCGUACAUUUCCUAGUUCCGACUGGCACUUGAAUUCGACAUUAAACACUGGAUUGUUGAAGCUAUGUAUUGGCAGUUGAGAGGCGUUGACGACACAGGUCGGCCAUAUUGGCACUCCCCAGUGGAGAAGUAGGCAUUAAUGGAAUUCUACUGUAUUUCAAUUAAAUGUUUCAAGGACAAAAUUA